AUGAAAGUAGCGGAGAAGAUUGUUUUGCUCUGGAAUGAUUCCGAUGGAUUUGCGGCAACCAUUGUUGAUGCUAUAAACCCUAACCCUAGCUCUCCUCUUCGCAAACUAGAAGAACAGAUCCAGCUUCCCUUGGAUAAGUAUGGCGUCGAAGAUGUCGGAAACGGCGGGAGCGUCGUUCAUUUCGUCGAUGAAAAUGGAGUUUAUCAGGUCUCGGUUUUUCUUGUUCGAAGCUAUGAGCCUCCUGCACUAGUGUGUGCCAUGAGUGAAUUACUGGACCUAAUUACAAGGGAAGCGUCAACUCUUCCCACGAUUGUGGCUCCUUUUUUUGUGGCGGCAUCUAAGCUUAAGUUCAAUAACAGAUCCCUUGAAGCAAGCAGCAGAAAAGCUAGUCUUCAUUACGUUCAAGUUGGUCCAGAAACAGAAACCAGUAGGCUAUUUGCUUCUCGCGUUGAGAAACCACCACCAUUGACGCAGAUCAAUUAUGAACCUUUGUCAUGCUUGCUUCAUCUAGCUCGUGUCAAACGCUUGCCUACCUCUGUUCUCAUAGGACAAAGAGGUAGUAGCGUAUCUAAUAAAGCUCUAGAGGAAGAGCUUCAGGUGAUCCAUGAAACAGGGGAGCUUCUGGCGAGUUAUGCCGGACUAUCUUUCUCGAGAGACAGAAUCAAGUGGAACAUAUCAAAGACAUCGAAAGAAGAAGAAAGUACGUGGCGUGCUCUUUACGGUUAA